UAGAAACAGCUUGGAAACUUUGCUGGCUUUGUAUUCCAUUUGGUACUUGGCUUGAGCGAGAAGAAAAAGGCAAAGAAAGCCGGCGACGCAGAAAUCCGAUGGCACCAGAACCGGAAGACGAUUUCAAGGACGAGAAGAACCCUAAGCCUCUGGACGAGGAUGACAUUGCUCUCCUCAAAACUUACGGUUUAGGACCUUACUCUACUCAUAUCAAGAAAGUGGAGAAGGAAAUUAAGGAGAUGGCCAAGAAGGUCAACGAUUUAAUUGGUAUCAAAGAGUCUGAUACUGGAUUAGCUGCACCUAGCCAGUGGGAUCUUGUUUCUGAUAAGCAAAUGAUGCAGGAGGAGCAGCCUCUUCAGGUGGCGAGAUGCACUAAGAUUAUUAAUCCAAACUCUGAAGAUGCCAAAUACGUGAUUAAUGUUAAACAGAUUGCAAAGUUUGUUGUUGGGCUGGGAGACAAAGUUUCCCCAACUGACAUAGAAGAGGGCAUGCGUGUCGGGGUUGACAGAAAUAAAUACCAGAUUCAAAUUCCAUUGCCACCUAAAAUUGAUCCGUCUGUCACCAUGAUGACAGUGGAAGAGAAGCCAGAUGUGACCUACAAUGAUGUCGGUGGAUGCAAAGAGCAGAUUGAAAAGAUGCGAGAGGUUGUUGAACUCCCCAUGCUUCAUCCCGAAAAAUUUGUGAAGCUUGGAAUUGAUCCUCCCAAGGGUGUUCUCUGUUAUGGUCCUCCAGGAACGGGUAAAACACUUCUAGCUAGAGCUGUGGCUAAUAGAACUGAUGCUUGUUUUAUUCGCGUUAUUGGGAGUGAACUUGUUCAGAAAUAUGUUGGAGAGGGGGCUCGGAUGGUUCGGGAGCUAUUUCAGAUGGCACGGUCAAAAAAGGCAUGUAUUGUUUUCUUUGAUGAAGUCGAUGCUAUUGGAGGUGCUCGUUUUGAUGAUGGUGUGGGUGGUGACAAUGAAGUCCAGCGAACAAUGCUUGAAAUUGUGAAUCAGCUUGACGGGUUUGAUGCUCGUGGAAACAUCAAAGUUCUUAUGGCAACAAACAGGCCUGACACGUUAGAUCCAGCAUUGCUACGACCUGGAAGAUUGGAUCGUAAGGUUGAGUUUGGCCUUCCUGAUUUGGAGAGUAGGACACAAAUAUUUAAGAUCCACACACGAACAAUGAACUGUGAGCGAGACAUCCGAUUUGAACUUCUUGCUCGGCUAUGCCCAAAUUCAACUGGAGCUGAUAUAAGGAGUGUAUGCACAGAAGCUGGAAUGUACGCCAUCCGUGCACGAAGAAAGACAGUAACAGAGAAGGACUUUCUUGAUGCAGUAAACAAAGUCAUCAAGGGUUACCAGAAGUUCAGUGCAACGCCCAAGUACAUGGUGUACAACUGAGCUGGUUAAGUUUUCAGACUAUUACACUAGCAGUCAUUUAUUUGCUAGUAGAGAUGACAUGGUAUUGGAGAGGGAAAAAAGAAUUUGGAAAUUAUGAACCACAACCAUGUUGUUCUCCUUGGAACUUUUACCUGCUUCGCACAAUUGUUUGAAUUUGCAUGUGUUUUUGUUGUACAUUGAUCUAUUGCCCGGAUAAUUUUUUAGAUUAUUAUGUUGCCGGUACCAGUGUUUUUGAGCUUCAAUCUACCUAGUUUAUUUACC